CCUUGCAGUUGGUAAGGCAUGGAGGGCAAACAGUUUCAAACCGUACUGAAUGUAUUCAACGUACUAGGCAUGCUGAAUAUACUGACGUACUAAAGUGAAGCCUAUUGCAAGUGAACAAGAUGUGUCCAAUCAAGGAGAGGCCUUCAAAGAUAGUGCGUCAUUAUGAUGCUGUUCCAGACGGAGGAUGGGGUUGGAUGGUGGUGAUAAAUUGCUUUUUGGUUAAUGUCCUGGUGAUGGGAACUCUGAAGUCAUUUGGUAUUUUUUUUGUCGGAUUUCAAGAAGCUUUUGGUGGCUCAGCGGAACAGAUCAGCUGGAUUGGUUCUAUAAUGUCAAGUCUGCGGCUGACAGCUGGACCAAUUGCAUCAGUGACUUGUGGGAAGCUAGGGGAAAGGUGGACCUCUAUACUAGGUGCCAUGUUGGUCAGCAUCGGCUUCUUUACCAGUAUCAUGGCCACCAGCAUUGUUUUCCUGUACAUAACUAUGGGAGCCAUAGUUGGUACUGGCUUUGCUUUGCUGUAUCAAAGCGCCUCAGUCAUGGUUGCCCGAUACUUUAAGAAGCGACUGGCCACAGCCUACUCCAUUGGUCGCUCUGGCAUGGGUCUGACCUUUGUCCUGGCUCCUUUCACUCAACUCCUCCUGCAAUAUUAUGGUUUGCAAGGUGCUUUACUGAUUUUUGGAGGACUCAUGCUGAACUUGGUGCCCACAGGAAUGUUAUUACAUCCCAUAUAUAUUAAACACAGAAAAGCUCCACUGACCCUACAAGAGGACUUGCACACAGAACCAAAUGCAAUUGCCACAGAGCGGUUGAUCUUUAAUAUCUGCUUGGAUCAAAACACAAAGACAAACAGUGUGCCAGCCAGUAAAACCUUCAUUCCUUGUGGUAACAUUCCCAGUACAGAAAUGCUUCAUAUACAGGGGGGCAGCAACCCCUCAGCUUUUUCAAAGACUUGGACAAAUGGCAUCAAUGAGCAGGGAAAGAAUGAUAGGAGAAAACUACACUUGAACAAGCAAGAAGAUGCUUCCAAGAAACUGCAGAGCAUUCUGAGCUCUGAUGAGGAAAAGCCAGCUCCUAGUGCCACCUCAAAGAAGAAAAUCUUAGACUUGACACUUCUCAAGAACCCCUUUUUCUACAUCUUCACCUGGUCAGUGGUCUUUAGCCAGCUUGCUUACUUCAUUCCUUAUUUUCAUCUAUCAGCCAGAGCAAGAACACUUGGGAUUGACCCUAUGGAUGCCUCCUUUAUCAUCUCAGUAGCUGGUAUUACGGAAACGCUGUCUCAGCUGGUGUCAGGAUGGAUUACAGACAAGAACCUAUUACAUAAGUACCAUUGUCAUAAGGCCUACUUGAUUCUGUGUGGAAUUGUCAACCUGCUAGCCCCUCUGGCUACCACAUACAGUCAGAUCAUAGUCUAUGCUGUCAUCUAUGCAAUCUUUUGUGGUGGCUACAUGGCUCUACUACUUCCUGUUCAGGUGGACAUGAUGGGCAUGGCCAGCAUCAGCAGUUCUUUGGGGCUGUCCAUGUUUUUUGUGGGCAUUGGCUGCCUCACAGGGCCACCAACUGCAGGCUGGCUUUAUGACUACACCCAAACCUACGACUGCUCAUUUUAUCUGGCUGGCGUGUGCUUCAUGCUUUCCUCAGUCUCUCUUUUCUUUGAACCGCUGGCCAGUAGGCGGAAGGCCAGAAAGAACCUGGAAACUUUAGGUGAGACUGCAGACUGUAUAGCUAAUGAGGGUUUUAUUCCUGCACAGAAUUAACUGACCACAAAAAGAUCAAUGCAUAAGGACAUGCUGUAUCGGUUUAAAAAGUGGAACCUGGACUGCUUCACUCACUUCCCUCAAGCCAUGGCAGCUAAGGAAAUGCAGAUAGUGGAUGUCAUGGUGCAAAGAAAACAAAAAUACUUACGUGGAAAUAACCCUAUAUGGAUUUAUUGCGAAUUACCCAAGUUUGUUUAAACUUACUGCAAAUUCACAGGUGUUUAAUUUUCAAUUCAAUUCAGUUUAUUUUUGUAUGGCACUCUUCACUGAGUGCUGUAACAGGUUUACAGGUACAGUAUAUGUACUUAAUAAAGUAUCCAAAAGACUAAUUGCAUAAUGAAUACAUGUGACAAGAUAAGAUUUGUUUAAAUGCAGUGGAAGAAAAAAAAAAAGUUCCAAAUUGGUUAACUUAAAUAAAACCUAACACUAUCUGUCCUUUGACGUUAUCGUUGAACUGUGGGCAGUUGAUGAUGGAGGAGAGGAAAACAAAAACAUUGUGCCUUUGUUUCUCCUAACUUUUGACAAAAUCUCUGAAGAUGCAAUGCUUGAAUGCUGAUAACUGAGUGAUCAGAUACCUGGUGCCAGAUACCAGUGUAUUUUCUUGUGACUCAAUAAUCUAGCAUUUCAUAACUCAAUAAAUCAUUCAAAAACAUUUUUCUUAUCAGUUAAGAAGACACGACUGUUUCUGUGCUAUAAACUAAUAAAAAUGUUGAAAAAACGUACGUUGUUAGAAUGAUUAGAGAAAAAAGUUGAGGUAGUUGGUUUGCUGCAGUACUGGAUCAGUUUAGUCCACCAUUAAAAGUCUAUUUGUUAUAGUUGUAAAGUGCACAAAUAAUAAUAAAAAAAACAAGUAAAUGUUAGGAUAUAGCGGGUUGGACAAUGACUGACUGACAAGUAAAUGUAGCAUAGUGAUUAGAAGUGAUACCUCCCAACUACUGAGUCCCAGUUUGAAUCUCGACUUGGGAACAGCUUGCAUGGGGUUUACAAGUUUUUCCCAUGUAAGUGGGCUGAAUUUGCACAUCCCACAUUUACCCCGCAGGAGUGAGUGUAAGCAUAUGGGCAUCACCUGUGAUGGGAUGGCCACCACAUCCAGUUUGCUCACGUGCCUGUUGCUGCUAGAAAUCGGCUCCAAAGUCUGCUGUGAACCAGAACUGGUGGAAAUUAUGAAAGGAUCCCAAAACCAUUCACAUUAGGUUAGGAUAGCAACUGUUAUUUAAUUCACAUUUGUUUUAACCUGGUUUGAAUGUGUGUCAUGCGGAGAACUGACAAGUACCGAGUUCGGACUAGACAGUUGACCCUCAAUCCCCAACACUCACUUCCAAAGUAAACAAAUCAAGAAUCUGAAGUGAAUUAACUGGGAACAAUCAGAAUACUUUUACCUACAAGUAAUAUAAUAACAGAAUGGCACACCAUCAUUUGCCAAAUGUGUAUAUGGUGAAUUUAUAAAGUAUCAGUACCUUACUUGGACCUCUUCACAUUUGUGUACUUGUUUGUUUUUUGUUUUUUUUUACAUUACUAUAACUUUUGUGAUGGGCAAAGGUAAAACAAAAAUAAGUAGACAGUACUGGAUCUUGCUAAGCUGCCUAAGUAUUAAACACACAGUGUAAUAUUUAAUACCCUGCACUAACUCAAUGCGUAACCAUGAGCUCAACUACCAGUGGUGAAAUGAGCAAAGAUCACAACGUGGGUCUCAACAGAACAUCUAAAGCUGUGUGUGACAUUUGCUGCAAAAAUAAAAUAACAAGCAGAUCUGGCAAUGGGGUUGGAGAAAAAUCCAAAUAAACUGCUUAUGUCAUUUAGAUUUACAAAUGAAGCCCACUUCCUUACCUAAUAUUAACCCUUUGUUUCAACAGAAAACUAUUUAAGAAAU